AUGAAUGAAGAGAAAGGAAAAAAGAAACGUAAGCUCAGUAACAGCAAGAAGAGCAAAAGUAAAAAGAAGAAGAAACAGGUUAAAAGAUCCGGUAGUGACGAGGAGGAGGAAGAGAAGAAGCUUAAAUCUUCAUUUAUUGAUGACAUGGCGUCUGAAAGUGAUGAUGGAGAAGGAGGUGGUGUGGAUUCAGACAAUGAAGACGAGGAUGAUGACGAUGACGAGGAAGAAGACCGUAAUGAAUAUGAAAAUGAUGGGUUUGUAGUGGAUGAUGAGGAUGAAAACUCGGAUGAGGAAGGAACAGCUCGCUAUCGUCGUCGUCGACGUAAAAAAGAGAAAAAACUCAAGCGGUUGAAACAAAAGGUGGAAGAAAUUGAUGACGAGGAUCUUUUGCUCGUGCGCGAAAAUAUGGGCAUGGACACAGGUCCAACACACAGUAAUAGCGAAGAUGAAGACAUGGGACGUUCGUCUCGCAAUGUUAAGACCGACGAUGAUUCUGGCCUCAUGUCGCGCGAACUGAGCUAUCGGAUGUUUGGUGACUCAGACGAAGAGGAAGAAGACUCGGCACCACAACGUGCGAACAAUUAUCUCGGCAACGACGAGUACGAAAGCGACGACAUUGACGAGUUCAUUGUAGACGACGAUGAAGAAGGACGCGAGGGUCCGCGCCGCCGCAGAAAACAGGAACCGAUCUCAGCAUCGAUGCAGGGACCGUCGGUAUACCAGAUGGGAGAAGCCGAGGAGCUGUUCGGAGACAUGGAUGGAUUUUUAGAGGCUGCAAGCGGUAAGAUCCCUGAAAAAAUGCCUGCAAAGUCGAAGAAAACCAUUUUGCUAGAGAAGUUUGAGCCUAGUGUGUUAAAGGAACACAUGAUGACCUCAGACGUCAUCGCCAUACGCGACAACGAUAUGCCGGAGCGAUACCAGUAUAUCUACCAGAAUCGCGAUUUCCCAGACGCAGAGGAUCGUGCUGAGGAGUCUGAGUGGAUCAGUGACUUUAUUAUUCGAAAUCUUGAGCGAAGGAAUCAGCGCAAUUCUGCUGCAUCGCGCGGUGAAAUUGUAUCAGCAAUUGACACUGUCUUGCGUUUCUACCAUGACGAGAAGCUCGAGCCGGCGUUUGUCCAGCGUUACUGCAAAGAGUACUGGAAAGUUGUGGGCCUACAUACGGAAAACUUGUACGAAAUCCUUGAUCUUGAUAUAAAGUGGGACAAAUUGGAGCGAAAGCGGAGAUCGCUCCAGAGCGGCAUUCAGCGUGUGGUCGACUCUUCAAGUGCGAAAGAGUCGGCUUUUGUGCGCAAAUGUUACGAACAACUAUUUAGUACACCUGAUGAAAAGACGUAUAAGGAUUUGUCAGAGUUUUUUGCUCUGGAUGCACAGGAAUCAAGUGGUCAGGACAAGGAAGGCAGAGAACAUAAGUAUCGUCGUCCAGUCCGCCGAACCUUCUAUCAGAUCUGCAUAAAGGCUGGAUUGCGGCCAGUAUCUCUUGCAUUUACGAUGAAUGCUUCUGUACUAGGCGGUAUAGUAGCUGGUGUUGAGCAUGAAGAGUCAACUGUUGAUGUUCCUACCCCAGAAGAGAGUCCUGGUGUUUUGGCUCAGAAGUACACGACAAAGGAGUUUCCAACUGUAGAUGAUGUGAUGAAAGGUGCUCGUCACAUUGCCGCGAGUAAAGUUGCAGCUGAGCCUAACGUCCGAAAGCGCAUUCGUGAGCUGUAUCGUCAGAACGCUGUGUUGAUCACGGAGGCAACAGCAAAGGGGCGGGAAGAAAUUGACGAGUUUCAUUAUUGUCACGGCUUGCAAUACAUUGAAAAGAUGCCAGUUCUUGAGGUGUUUGAGGCAGGCGAUUUAUGGCUGAAACUCACUCGAGCUGAAAAGGAAGGACUGUUGACAAUUGUGAUUAUCAAUGAGAAGGCCCAGGAUCUGAUGGACCCGCUGGAGCCGAUCUAUAUGUUGCCAAGCAAUUCGGAUGAAGAGUGGCAGAGCCAACGACAUCUUGUUCUCCAGGAGGCGACUAACAACUUUAUGAUAGUGUCAUUUGAAAACGAGCUGAAACGUGACUUGACAGUGGCCUCUCGCGAUGUGGUCGUCAAAAUGUGCGGAAAUGCGCUGCGAGAACGCCUAUCUGUCCGGCCGUAUGAGCCGGCCGAUGGCGUAGAUCCGUUCAUUGUUUCAAUUUGGGUCGAGAGCACCAUGGAUUCGAUUGCACACAUCGUGGCUCUAGACGUGAAUGGAGAAAUGGUUGACAAGACGGAGGGGUACUGCAAACGAGAUGUAAACAGCAUCCAGAAGUUGUCUGGGACGUUACUGAAAUUCUUGACCGAACACGAACAAACUCAUGUAGUUGUCAUCAACGUGUCGGCUGGAAUGAAGUGUAUGGAUAUGGGUGGUGUCGUAGAUGAGGUCCGACGCUUGUUAGGUCGAGAUGAUGCCUCGCGUUUUGGGAACGGCGAUGGCCAUGACUUUCUGGAUAUUGUAUUCCUGAAAGAUGAUGUUCCGAACAUGUUUAGCCGGUCUCGACGUGCAGAUCAAGAGUUCCCUGAGGAAUCGGAGUAUGUACGUGCUGCAAUUGGCUUGGGACGCUAUCUCAGAAAUCCAGCAUCCGAGCUUUGCGCGAUGUGGGGAAACGUUGCAUUUAAUGAACCCAGUCGUGGCCGGGAACUAUUGUUUUUGAACGUUCAUAUGAUGCAGCAUUCCCUCGUAAAGGAUCUUUUGCUGAAGGAAUAUGAUCGCGUAUUUGUUCAAGUGAUUAACAAGUACGGCGUUGACAUUAACCUAUUAGCUAACCACAAGCACACAUCCUAUCAGUUGCAGUUCAUUUGUGGCUUGGGUCCUGUAAAGGCCGCAUUUGUACUAGAUAAAGUUCGUGCAAAAAACUAUGUCGAGCGUCGUCAAGAGUUGCUGUCGAAGGGAUUUGUUGGCAAAAUUGUGUAUCGCAACUGUGCUGGGUUUAUUCGAAUUCGCGAGCGGGACGCAUUGCGUGAAGCUCCAUUAAAUCCGCUGGAUGACACGCGUAUUCACCCGGAAAGUUAUUACAUGGCGGUCAAAAUAUGUGGCGAUGCAAACAAUAACUCGACAAUUGAUAUGUACGAUCCGAACCAUUAUUCCUACGCAGUGGAAGACACGAUGUACCAGUCAGCAUCUGCAAUUCGAAGCCGAAAUGCCCCACCUAACACUCGACUCGGUGAUGCAGAAAUACAAGAUGUGUUGUCUGAGCUGGAUCUAUCCGCAUAUGCUGGCCGCCUAGAGUUGCAAAAGAAGGGGCCAAAGUUGCUGACACUUGAGUACAUUAAGCGCGAGCUGCGCUACCCGUACUUUGAUAAGCGUGGAGAAUAUCAGGUACCGAAGGAUGAAGACCUUUUCUUCCUGCUCAAUGGUGAAACGCGAGAGACACUGCGUGUUGGAAUGAUUGUGCCUGCUACAUUGCUGCAUAUGUCAGGUGACGAGUUUGUUCGUGUUCGUUUGCAGAGCGGUAUGCGCUCAAGUUUGCAUCGUGAGCAACUACCGGACUAUUUGAUAGAUGUGCGUCCGCAGGGUUUUCCUAAGGGAAUUACAGUUAACGCCAAGAUAUUGGCGAUUAAGGCGGAUCGUGAAGGGCGCUUUGAGCUGCAACUUGGUUGUAAUCGGCGCUCACUGAUAGAUAUGUCAAUGUGCUUCUAUCCAGACCGAUUUCCGCGUUACACAAAUGGGAAACUAGUUGAGACCGAUAGUAUGGAGCGUGUUGAUCGUCUCUUGAACGAACCCCAUGUCGAGGAAGACAAAGCGACGUUUUCCCAAGCCACCUCUGGUCUAGGCAGUCACCCAGCCAGGCGCAAAAAACGCCAGAUCGCACAUCCGUUGUUUCGCAACAUUAAUUGUCAGAUAGCGAUGCAGUAUCUGCGAGAGCAGUCUGUCGGAGAAGUAGUCAUUCGACCUAGUACCUUUGGUACUGACCAUCUCACGCUAACGUGGAAGAUGCUGGAUGGUGUGUACCGUCACUUUGAUAUUCAAGAAAAAGAUAAACCUUCCAAUGCUCGUAUUGGUCAGACGCUGAUUGUCAAGGAGGAGAAGUACGAGAAUAUUGACGAGCUGAUAGCUCGUUUUGUGGAUCCCAUGAACAGUUUGGUGGAUGAUGUAGUUCGUUACAAGUAUUACAAGAACGGGUCGAAGGAAAGCGUUGAGGAAGACUUAAUUAAGCAGAAAAAGGAGCAUCCUUCGCGUAUUCCGUACGCUCUUCAUGUGUAUAACAAGUUCCCCGGUUGUUUUUCCAUCACGUAUAUUGCUCGUGAAACACCUCAUAGUUGUCACUUGGAGGUCAAGUCAGCCGGCUAUCGUUUUUUCGGUCGCAUUGAGUCGUCCAUCCUGCCGACAUUGUCCCAAGCGUUGCAGUUUUUCAAGAUGAAGGCAGUUGUUGCUCCAGCGUCAAGUACUUCCCGUUCUACGUCAUACCAACGCAACGCAGGUAGCAGCGGGCCAUUUGCUCAACGUUCAAGCGCACCGUGCUCUAGUAGCGGGGGUCGUCCACGGCAAAGCUCGCGUUGGGAUGAUCGCCGUGGCGGUGAUGUUGGCGGUCGUCGUUGGUAA